AGUCUUAAUGAGAGCACCAGAAGCAGAGUAAUCAUCAUGUAUGACAUCGCUUGUCUAUUAGCACACCAUUUGAAGGAAAGCCUCUUGGAAGGUGUUGAUGUUGCCAUACCCAUAUUCCAUUGCUAUGGGCACAAGGCAUCAUGCCAGAUCCAAUACAGUCCAAGAAGGAUCAAGGGAACUGGAUUGACAGAUGGUGAAGGGGUGGAAAGGUUAUGGUCCUUUCUGCGUAGGUUUUCCUCUGUCACUAAAGAAAUGAGUGCUCACAAGAGGACAGAUGUUUUGACUGAUGGGCUUCUUCACUAUGCCCAACAUUUGUAUCACAAAUUUGGUGUUACUCUAAAAGCAAAGUUUGCUAGGGCAGAAACUCUUCUACAUGAUGUAAGUGCAAAGCUUGAGGAACUCACUGAAAAACUUCCAGGUAUACAUUUUAAACUUUUU